AUGCGCGCGUCCAACGGCGGCGCGGGGGGCGUCGCUGGCGGCGGCAACGCCAAGAAGAAACGCGUCGCCAUCGCCGUCGAGAACGUCGCAUCAGUCGACGACAUCGACGUCGUCUCCAAGGACGAACGCGUCCGCGAGCUCAUCCUCGGCGCCACCGAGUCCAACACCCUCUUCGAGGGCCUCGAUCUCGCCACGCGAUGCGCGCUCUGCGACGUCAUGACCGAGACGCGCGUCGCCGCGGGCGCCGACGUCAUCGUUCAGGGCGCCACGGGCGACGACGCGAGGCAUUUUUUCGUGUUGGAGUCGGGCGCGUGCCAAGUGAAGGUUCGACGACGGGACCCGGCCGACGGCAAGCCGGUGAUGACCGACCCGGAGCGUACCGUGGCGACGUACGGUCCAGGGGACUCGUUCGGGGAGCUCGCGCUGCUCUACGGCGCGCCGCGCGCCGCGACGAUUCGAGCUUCGAAAGACUGUAAGCUCUGGUCGCUUGAUCGAGCGCACUACGUCGCGAUCAAGCGAAGGUUCCAGGAGGCGCUCGCCGAACGCGUGCGGGACCUCGUGGAGUCGGUGAACUUGUUCCAGGGUUUGAGCCCCGAACACAAGGCGACGAUCGCGGACGCGCUCAAGUGCGAGGUUUUCGAAAAGGACGAUGUCGUCGUCUCCGAGGGCGAAACCGGCGAUAAGUUUUACGUGGUGAGCUCCGGCGAGGUCUCCGUGUACGUGGGCGGCGCCGAUUCGUAUUCCACCGCCAAGUCCCACAGGGAGCUCACGCGGCUCACGGCCGGCGCGAGCUUCGGGGAGAAGGCGCUCAUCAACGACGACGUCCGCGGCGCUUCCGUCAAGGUCGUCUCCGACCGAUGCGAGCUCUUCCACCUCGAUCGAGCGCGGUUCAACGCCUUACUCGGCUCGUACGGAGAGAUCUGGCGUUGGCUCUCGCUCCGCAGAGUACCCGUGCUCUCCUCCGUGUCCGACGCAGAGAUCACCGAGCUUGUGUCGCACCUCGACGAGUUGAGCCUGAGGCCCGGCGAGUUGGUGUACGACGUGGGCGACGCCGGCGAUUGCAUGUACGUCGCGGAGAGGGGCGAAUUUUUAAUCACCGACGCCGACGGCAAGCGCGUCGACGUCGUCACCGACGGCGGGUUCUUCGGCGAGCGAUCGCUAAUGGGCAGCGAGAGGCGCGCGAUGCGGGCGGAGGUGGCGAACGGCGGGUUGUGCGCGACGUCCGCGCCCGACGCCAAGUUACUUCGUCUCAACCGCCGCGACCUCGAGAACCUGCUCGGAGAGGGUCUCACCGCGGUGACGACGCAGUCGAGGCUGCGGUGUUUGCAGCACGUCGCGUUGCUCAAGUCGCUCUCCGACGAGCAACGAACGACGCUGGUGUCGUACCUGCAGCCCAGGCAGUACGCGGAAGGGGAGGUGGUCUUUCGCCAGGGCGACCCCGGGGAUAAGUUUUACAUCGUCGAAACCGGGAACGUCGCCAUACACCGCGAGAGCGAGUCCACCUCCGCCACCAACGAGACGCGUACCAAGCACGAGGUGUUGAAACUCGUCACGCGCGGCGAGUACUUCGGCGAGCUGGCGCUGCUCUCCACCAACUCGCGAGCCGCGACGGCCACCGUCGAGAGGGGCGGCGCUUUCAUCCUGUCGCUCACGAAGGAGGACUUCGACACGCACAUGGGAUCGCUCGCCAAAGAGCUCAGCCAGCAGGCCAAGGACGAGUACGGCGUCGCCGUGUACGACGACAAGGUGGCGAACGACCCGGCUCGAUCGUUGGCGGCCAAGGCGAUGACGGACUUUAAAGUCAAAGCCGUGCUUGGCGUCGGCGCGUUCGGCAAGGUUCUGCUGUGCAGGCAUCCGAGCAGCGCCGGCGUCUUCGCGGUGAAGCAGCUGAGCAAGGCGCAGAUCAUCGCCGCGCAGCUGCAGCACCACGUCCGACAGGAGAGGGACGUGAUGAAGGACUGCGACUCGCCGUACCUGGUCCGGCUGGUCGCGACGUUCCAGGACCCCCGCAUGCUGUACAUGUGCAUGGAGACCGUCAUGGGCGGCGAACUCUUCAACCACCUCUCCCGCGUCGGGGGAUCGAUCCCCGAGCGCGACGCACGUUUCUACGCCGCGUGCGUCGUCCUGGCGUUCCAGUACCUCCAGAACAAGCACUACAUCUACCGCGACCUCAAGCCCGAAAACUUGCUCAUCGACGGAAAAGGGUACGUUAAAGUGGCGGAUUUCGGAUUCGCCAAGCGGCUCCUCCCCGGCGAGAAGACGUACACGCUGUGCGGCACCCCGGAGUACAUGUCCCCGGAGCUGUACCGCCAGUCCGGUCACAACAAGGCGGUCGACUGGUGGGCGCUCGGCGUGUUAAUCUACGAGAUGGUCGCGGGCGCUCCGCCGUUUUAUUCGCCAAAUGCCGACAGCACCGACCAGAUGCGCCGCAUCCUCGCCGCCAAGUACUCGUUCCCCGAGGGCGUGUCGCCCGCGUUCAAGGACGUCGUCCGAAGGUUCCUCUCCGUCAACGCCGUCCACAGGCUCGGCUCUCUCAAGGGCGGCGUCAAAGACGUCAAGCUUCACCCGUGGUUCAAAUCCACCGAUUGGAUCGCUAUGACGCGUCGCGAGGGGAAACCGCCCUUCGUUCCCCCGCUGAGGGGCGACGACGAUCACUCGUGCUUCGACGAGUACGACCCACGGACGCCGCACCCGGGAGAGGAGUUCGACAGGAAGAACGCGACGUCCAGGUCGAAGAAACGGGAGAAGGAGCAGGAAGCAGCCUUUGCCGGUUUUUGA